GCCACAAUCUUCAAUGAGUAGACAUAGUCCUCCGUUCUGUGGUGUUCUCGGUCACACAUUUAUGGAGUUUCUGAAGGGCAGUGGAGAUUACUGCCAGGCACAGCACGACCUCUAUGCAGACAAGUGAACUGCAGAAAUUGAUUACUGCUCAACCAAGAAGCCCCUGUAAGACUGGUUAACCUGGACACAGAAGUGUUGAAUUGAAAUCCACAGAGCAUUUUUUUACAAGAGUUCUGAUCUGGAUGGGGUAAACCUCAGUGCACUUCCUUUCUGUUGCCUCAGUAUUACUGGAUUGAAGAAUUGCUGCUUCUUGUUAAGAGGCUCAUUCAUUCAUUACUCCCAACUUCAUACUUAAAAGCACCGAGAAUUUCAAGUGGAGUAUAUUGAAGUUGACUGCGUUUCUUUGCAUCAUUUCUGUAUUCAAUUUUUUAAAUUCUUUCAUAUCCCUAUUGAGUGUUUUUUAACUAAAUUAACAUGGCUCUAACGAACCGCCCAGCUCCUGUGGAAGUUACGUACAGGAACAUGAGAUUUCUUAUUAUACACAACCCAACUAAUGCAACGUUAAGCAAAUUUAUAGAGCAACUUAAGAAGUAUGGAGUUACCACAAUUGUAAGAGUAUGUGAAGCAACUUAUGACACUACUCUCGUGGAGAAAGAAGGCAUCCAUGUUCUCGAUUGGCCUUUUGAUGAUGGCACACCACCAUCUAACCAGAUUGUUGAUGAUUGGUUACGCCUUGUGAAAAUUAAGUUUCAUGAAGACCCUGGUUGUUGUAUUGCUGUUCAUUGUAUUGCAGGCCUUGGACAAAAUCGGCGAGGUGCUUUUAAUAGCAAGCAACUUUUGUAUUUGGAGAAAUAUCGUCCUAAAAUGCGGCUGCACUUCAAAGACUCCAAUGGGCAUAGAAACAACUGUUGCAUUCGGUAA